GGUAACGCGCGGCCGGAGCGCGUCACCGCUUCCUGGAGCUCACGUUGCUGCUGACAUCAGAGGCGCAGCUCGGGGGGGAAAAACUCAGCUCAGUUCUGUAGUGUGUGUUGAGACAGGCAAAGCGCAGGUCGGGGCAAACUUUCCUCUGCAUCCCGUCGGCAGCUGCAGUUUCUCCUCCUGCGUAAACACGACCUCCCGCUCUGGAUUAUGCUCCUCUGAGACCACAGGCGCUCUCUGCCCCGGUCCAGCUUGUUCACGUUUUUUGUUUCUGCGCUACAGCACUGUUUCCGGAUUCCAGUUGACUGUUUUUGGGAAGGUUUUUCUCGCAUCUGUCGGAUUUUCCCCGACGUCCAUUGGAUAUAGAGUCCUGCCCAAAACCCAGUCAGCCUCAGAAAUCCUGCAGCCACCGCCAGAACAUGGACACCCUCAUGCAAGGGUGAAGUCUUCGUUUUUGAGAAGUUGAGCUCUGUGCUCGAGUUCAACAGGGUCACUUCCUGAUGAUGACAGUAAACAUGGAUGACGGUCUCCAAAAUGGACCCGGACAGCACAGGAGCACACAAGAUGACGAGGAGGCGCUCAACUCCAUCAUGAAGGACCUGGCAGCCCUGGGCCGCUGCUACAGCCAGCAAAACAGCCACAAGCCCAAGAACAGGACUCUACUCUACAGACAGGAUUUAAGAGUGAAGCUGGAGCAUGAGAGAGAAAAACGAAUCAUCCCCUUUCAGAGGCCGCUGAAGAUCAAGGAGCUGCAGCAGAAAGUGACGGAGGCCUUUGGCCAGCAGAUGGACAUGUUCUUUAUGGAGAAAGAGUUGCUGCUGCCCCUGAAGAGCCAGGAAGACCUUGAUCAGGCCGUGCUGACUCUGGGCUGUGGUUCUGGGACCAACGGGCUUCUCAGGAUACUGCUUAAGACCCCCAAAAACAACCAUUUUCUACAGGUGAACGGCAGGGACAAACAGAGCGAGAUGAAAUCGUCGCGGUCGCUGGGAGAUCUGAAGGGGUCUUUGCUCAAGGGCUCCGAGAGGGUGCGCAAACACUCCACAGGCUCCCUCCACACAGGCCGGACGUCCCCGCCUCCAGGCAGUGUCCCAGAAGAGCAGCAGCAGAUCGCCCGCCAGGGCUCCUACACCAGCAUCCACAGUGAAGGGGAGUUCAUCCCAGAGACCUCAGACCAGAAUAUGCUGGAUCCUUUUGGGAGUGCAGACAACUCACUGUCAAGCAGCUGCCAGUCAAUAGACCAAGCACUGGACAGCCCGCCUUUCUCCCAGAACAACCGUGACAAUAAUUGCCUGAAUCUCAACUAUGAAUACAAAGGCCGCAGUGGUAAAGGAGGGACCUUCCCACGCCAGUUCCAGUUGCCCAAUCGCAGCAAAGAUUACGGAGAUCGUCGCAGGACCCUCCCGCGCAGCUUCAUGCCGCAGGAGAACCUGUUCCAGCUGGUUCCCUCCAGCCGCACGCGCAGCUAUAACGGCGACAGCACGCUGCAGUACAGCGACCUGCGCUCGCUGGGCAAAAGCUGCCAGCGGGGCACGACCAAGUCACCGCGGGCGCCAGUCAACUGGCGACAGGGAAAGCUCCUGGGGCGAGGGGCGUUCGGGGAGGUCUACCUCUGCUACGAUGCCGACACGGGCCGCGAGCUGGCCGCCAAGCAGGUGCCCUUUGAUCCCGACUGUCAAGAGACGAGCAAGGAAGUGAACGCUCUGGAGUGUGAAAUCCAGCUGCUGAAAAACCUGCGACACGACAGGAUCGUCCAGUACUACGGCUGUCUGCGGGACCUGGAACAGAGAAAACUCACCAUUUUUGUGGAGUUCAUGCCUGGGGGCUCAAUAAAGGACCAGUUAAAAGCUUACGGAGCUCUUACGGAGAAAGUGACAAGAAGAUACACCAGACAGAUCCUCCAGGGAGUCUCCUACCUGCACAGCAACAUGAUUGUACACAGAGACAUCAAAGGUGCUAACAUCCUGAGAGACUCUUCAGGGAAUGUGAAGCUUGGAGACUUUGGAGCCAGCAAACGUAUCCAGACCAUCUGCAUGUCUGGUACAGGAAUCAAGUCUGUCACUGGCACCCCCUACUGGAUGAGCCCCGAAGUCAUCAAUGGGGAGGGAUAUGGCCGGAAGGCCGACGUAUGGAGUGUCGCCUGCACUGUUGUUGAGAUGUUGACUCAGAAACCUCCCUGGUCAGAGUUUGAGGCCAUGGCAGCCCUUUUUAAGAUUGCCACGCAGCCCACGAAGCCCCUGCUUCCAGACGGCGUGUCCGAAGCGUGUAAGGACUUCCUGCGACAGGUCUUUGUGGAGGAGAAGUGGCGGCCGAGUGCAGACGUUCUGCUCAGCCACACGUUUGUCCAGGGGAGCUUCUGAGGCCGGUGGACGAGCGUCCCCAUCCCCUGUCCCCUGCCCCGUGAGGCCCCCCUGGCCCCCGGCGCGCCCCCUCCUCUCCGGCCCGCCUCACUCCCCGGGUCCCCUUCUCAUCGCCUGGUUUCGGAGCUCAGCGACCCUCCAGCUGUCAGCCCUGUCGUCGACCACCAGUUUCUGCCUUGCCAGGACCCGCGUCUCUCUCGCCAACUAGCUCAAACCCAGACUGUUCUCUGAGAGGCGAGGCCGAGUGCUGGCCGGACCUGCAGAGUCCUCCCAGGCACCGUUCUGUGUUCCCACAUGAGGGGACUUGGAAGAGGGCACUCAACAGACUUGCAUAAUUCAGAAGGCUCUCCGACAACAGGAGCAAGAAAAGUGGCCAAAGUCAGAGUCAAGUGGUGCCUGGAGCUCUCUGGGUCUCACUUUAGAUGCAUUUACUGCUGCAGAGGAGUGUCUCUGAACAGCGUAGACACCCUGAUAGACCAAUUUUGACACCUUGAGAUUGGUAAAAUAUUUUUGUACUACACACACCAGUUCAUCUUAGCAGAUGAGAUUUCUAUUGUCACCUUUAAGAAACUGUACAUGUAUUUUUGUCAACGCCUUACAGCAAGAAUUUGUAAGUCAGAAUGUCUUUUUUUCUACCAUCUUCGAGGGUUGCCCUUUCCCGGCUUUCAUAGCACUCACAACCCCAUUAAGGAUUGUCAACAUUGCACUUUUGAUAUCAUGCAUCGAGACAUUUACACAUGCAAGAUAAUCUGAUGGAGGAGGAGAUAUUUUUUCUAGUUGAUGCAUUUUUAUAACGUCACGUGAGAACUGUAUUCAUAUAUAAAGAUAAAAAGGAAACCAAAUUUUUUUGCAUUAGCGUGCAACGUCUCUUAAGCAAUACCAACACCGCUGUUGGGGUCACGGACCUUUAUGCCACUGUUGUUUGUGGUGAGCCUCGUUCCAUUUACAAGUUGCCAAAGAAAAAAAACAAACAAACAGACGAGACAGAGAGCUCAAUGUUGACAUGCAGUAUUAAUCGUGUUGGACUUGUCGUCACCUCAGAGCCCUGCAGCCUUUCCUGUCUUACGGCAGCUUCGUGCACACCGGCGUGCUGCUUUAAAACCAUCAUGAACACAUAUUAAAGAAGGCGCCUUCUUUAUGUUUUUCUUUUCUUUCUUCCGUAAGCUCAGUUUGAAUCCACCCACAGCAGGCCUUCCUUGAGCAUGGGAAUGGCCACCAUUCAGAGGGGCCACCUCAUGACCCCACAGCCCUUCUCAUUUAUUUUCUGUAGUCAGCAGAGCUAAGGUGUGGCAUCGCAGAUCAUCUGAAAGCAUCAGGAUGGAACUAAACGCUGGAUUCUUGUGACAUGGGGACGAGGAACUUCCGCUGUGGGCAUAUCUGAGGAGUAGUGAUUAGCUGUAAUACGGUGGCACUAAAGGAAUGAUCAAAUCUCUUUAACCCUAGUCAGUGCCUUACUUAAAUUUGCUUGUAAACACAAAUGUUCAACUGCCAAAGUGGAGAGCUUCCUAGUUAGGCGAGCAGCUGUUCAGUAGAGAGCACAUCCAGGAUUUGCUGAAUUUUUUUUAUAUGGAAAACUAUUAUACUGUAAAUACAUGUUGUUCUGCACUUUUAUAUUUCUUUUACAUUAUAUACAAAUUUGAUGAAAUAGCUACAUUAUACUGUAGGCUGUACUGUGAUCUCAACAAGAAUACGGAUGAAUGUCUCUUUGAGAGCUGGCAGGCAGUAUGAAAAGACUGGGAGGCUUUCGAUUGGGACAGAAUAUUUUUUGUCUUAAUGACAAAGCCUUGAAACAUGAAAUGUAUCAAGUCACUGAUCUUUUGUACAUUUAACUUAAUAAAUUGAAG